UUUUUAUUGCACCUUUGCUGGGUGAAGAAAUGAAGAAUACAGUACUACUACACGCAGUACAUGCAGGGAGUUGGGAGUGCGCUGUGAAGUAAUGAGUUCAAAAAUAUCCCAACGGAAAUUGGUCACAAGACCAUUAUUUCUCCUCCAUCACUUUUCUAACGGAUAUAUAUUGAUGCUUUUGCUCUUGUUAUUGCGAUUCCCCAGACUCACAUACACACCGACGCUUUUCGAUUUGAACUAGCUCGAUCGGCAUAUAGAUGGCGUCGUCGGAGGCGUGGAUUGCGGAGAACGGUAUUUCGGUUGUGGUGAGCAAGGAUAGCGUCAGCAAUGGCGGCGGAAUUAGGAGCACGCUGCUGCCGUCUUCUUCCUCGCGCUGCAGGAAAUCGGAUUCCGGCGAUAGGUUGGGGUGUUUGAGAGGAUUUUUUAAGGAUCUGCGGGAGGUGUUGCUGGGGACGAAGCUUUGUGCGUUGUUCGUCGCUAUUCCGUUCGCGAUUUUUGCGCAGUAUCGUGGUUUUGGAAGUCCAUGGGUGUUUGCUUUCAGCUUACUUGGAUUGGCUCCACUUGCAGAACGGCUCAGUUUCUUGACAGAAAAGAUUGCUCUCUACACUGGCCCAACAGUUGGGGGACUUCUAAAUGCAACAUGUGGAAAUGUGACAGAGCUGAUCAUAGCCAUACUUGCCCUUGUUAAGAACAACGUAGAACUUGUGAAAUAUUCUCUACUCGGCUCCAUUCUCUCCAACUUACUCCUUGUCCUUGGCUCCUCUCUUUUCUGUGGUGGCAUUGCUAAUCUAUCCAAAGAACAAAAAUUCAACAGAAAACAAGCCGAUGCAAAUUCAAUGCUUCUGCUUCUCGGAUUAAUUUGCAAUGUGCUGCCUUUGAUGUGUAAACUUGCUGCAAAAUCUCCUGAAUCGACAGCAGCCAUGGCGCUGCAGUUGUCGCGGGUGAACUCUGUUAUCUUGCUUAUGGCCUAUGCUGCUUAUCUCAUCUUCCAGCUGCGGACUCAUAAACAGUCCUUCGAACCACAGAAGAAUGGCGAAGACCAAGACGAGGAUGAGAGCUUGUCAGGGGAUGAAUCACCAGUGAUCGGGUUUUGGAGCGCAUUCAUCUGGCUAGUACUAAUGACUGCUGUAGUGGCACUAUUGUCUGAGUACCUCGUUGCCACAAUUGAGGCUGUAUCGGAUUCGUGGGGCUUAUCUGUCAGCUUCAUAAGUGUUGUUCUGCUCCCAAUCUCCGGAAAUGCAACAGAACACGCCGCAGCUAUUAUUUUCGCAUUCAAGAACAAAUUGGAUAUAACUCUGGGUGUUGCCUUAGGUUCAGCAACUCAAAUUUCCAUGUUAGUGAUGCCAUUGACUGUACUAAUUUCAUGGAUGAUUGGCGUCAGAAUGGGGAUGGAUCUCAGCAUCCUCGAAACAAGUGUUCUUGGAUUAUCCAUAGUCUUGACAACAUUCACUCUGCAGGAUGGAACUUCUCAUUACUUAAAGGGCGUGGUUCUUAUGCUGUGCUACAUUGCAAUCGGAACAUGCUUUUUCUUUUUCACACCACCACAACACUCAAAUGACCUUCACUUGGAGGCCUGAACAACAUCACAGAUUGAAGGUGUGAAAUUACAAAUUUGACCCUGAUUUGAUCUGGGAAAUUAAACAAAUUCAGCCUAUUAGAUACAGGAAUCCUGAAAUAAGACAACUUUAUGUGUUUUGGUUGUUAGAUAUUUAUUACUCCCUCAGGUCAUCCCAUUUACCGCUUCUGUUAUACUGUAGACACGGUAUUUUAGGAGGGAUGCAGUCAGUAUUGUAGACACUGUAUUUUAGGAGGGAUGUAAUUAGUAGAUAAUCAAGAAUGUAUUAGUGAAAAUAAUUAUCAUAUAAUAUAAAUAAUUAUAAAUUAAGAUUAACACAACU